UGAGCCGUGGAAGUGUCUAUAUUCAAAUAGCACCAUGGAGCCCAGGGGACUGCUAAUAGCAAGUCUGAUUUUAUUUAUUCUUGUUACUAGCAGCCUAGGAGGACAUUUAAAAUCAGGGCCGACUCUGAAGAUGGACCAGGCUUUAUUGACAUUUCAAAAUCAGCUGACUGAAGAAGUGCAGGUCUUCUACACCACAGAUUAUUGCUACAAGUGUGUGUAUCAACACAUGGUCACUGUGAAACCCAACAACAACAAUGAAUCGACAGUCAUCAGCUCAAAAUUUACCCUGACUAUGCAAGUGGAAUCACAGAACAAGAAUGCAACUCUUUGCAGAUGGAGUCGGACGUAUGGAGAAGAUGGUCAUUACACUAUUUGGAUCAAACUGUCAGAGGCUACCGGUAAUGCAAGCUGCAUCCAUACUGUGGAUAAAGUACCACACAACGCAUACCUACCUAUCUUGGUGGCAGCUCUCUUUCUGGCUCUAAUUGCUCUCUUAUUCAUUGGAGCACCCUACAUCUACAGCAGACGUUGUACAACCAAAUGUAUUAAGACCAUUUGCUGCCAAAUGGAUAAUGAUGGAGGACAAUCAUUUGAAGAUGAGCACAAUACGACUAAAACUAAACCAACACGUCUGUGCUCUCUGGACACUUUUCGAGGGUUUGCCUUGACAGUCAUGGUUUUCGUGAACUACGGUGGAGGAGGCUACUGGUUCUUUCAACAUGCACCAUGGAAUGGUCUAACUGUCGCAGAUCUUGUUAUGCCAUGGUUUGUGUUUAUCAUUGGAACUUCGGUGGUGUUGGCUUUCAGAUCUAUGCAGAGGAGAGGAGUGAGCCGGCUGCAGCAGCUACGCAAAAUCACCUGGAGAACAGGUAUCCUUGUGAUGCUCGGCUUCUGCUUCCUUAACUACUCUCCAAGAGAUGGGCCACUUUCCUUGUCCUGGCUGAGAGUCCCUGGAGUGCUGCAGCGUCUGGGCUUUACUUACUUUGUUCUGUCUCUCCUGCAGACUUUCUGGGGCCAGAAAGAAAUCCCUCCGACAGCGAACCAUUUGGGCAACCCUGUUCAGGAUGUGAUCCUUUAUUGGCAACAGUGGCUGAUUAUUAUCUUGCUGGAGACUCUGUGGCUAUGCAUCACUUUCCUCAUGCCUGUGCCCGACUGCCCAACAGGAUAUUUGGGAGCUGGUGGAAUUGGUGAUAAAGGUCUUUACCCAAACUGCACUGGAGGUGCAGCAGGUUACAUUGAUAGAUGGAUGUUUGGUGAUAAUAUGUACCGAUACCCCACAUGCAAAGAAAUGUAUCUCACCACACAGCCCUUUGACCCAGAGGGGGUUUUGGGUACAAUCAACUCAAUCGUCAUUGGAUUCCUGGGGAUGCAAGCUGGAAAAAUUAUCAUUUUCUACAAGGGAAGGAACGUCCACAUUCUCUCGCGUUUCAUUGUGUGGGCUGCCAUCCUGGUCAACUUUGCAGAGUGUUGUCCAGCCCCUGAUAGCUACUGAAGCUAUUCAUUAGCAGGACAUUGCAGAGGAAAUGUGUGAUCUCAAUACAAUAACACCACAUCGAUGUGUGGCUGGGUUUCCGGGCAGAAAUGGGAAUUCUAACUUCUCAGGGGGAUACACUCUAUCUCUCGUCGUCUGUGGGCUUCACAUGUGGUUUUUGAUUAGAUGAGUUUAGACGACUGCAUAAGGAACAUCUGAUGAAGAGUAUGAUUGGUUCAUGUAGCCUACAUGCAUGAAAAGUUUCAAACAUUUACAGACCAAUCAGAUGACAGCACGGAUACAGUAAUAUAACUGAUAUAACUGAUAUUCCAUCAAUAGAAUCAGGUUUAUUGGAUACGUGUUUUUGAAUAGAUUAAAGUCUAUUCAAAUCCAGAAUUAAAGAAAGAUUUUCAUAAAUCUACACCAAGGUAAUUUGAGGUCCUAUUGGUUUGGGGUCUGAUUUCUUUCUGGGUGGUCUCAAAACAAGAAGAGAGGCAGGAUGGCCUCUAUUUCAUUUAAAGGGGGAAUGUGUCCCACAGGGAGAAGCUCAGUGAUAUGCGAGAUGGGCUGUUUUGCAUUUCUGAACCUGUGGAGGCUGUUAAUCUGCUUUUACGAGAUUGAGAGAUAGUCACGUCGAAAGGCCCAGUUUUGCUGAACCGUGCUUGGCCACAGUUUCAUUUACGUACAUAAGAUGCUCUAGAGGUGAACUCCUCUGCAAAAUAGGAUCAGUAUGAGCAAUCAUGUUGUGGAGGCAGACAUCCUUAACUGGCAGUCCUGUGACCUGGAGUGAUGAUGGAGCUGGAAGAGCUGGUAGCAUCAUUCAGCCUUUGAAAUCUAAGUGAAGCAGAGUAAACCCAGCCAAAGAAAAACAGGAACAGAACCCAUUACUUAAUGUUGCAUAGUUGUUGUAUAUUACUGUACUAUCCACACAAUUUGAUAUAUAAGCUUAAGUCAGACUGGUAUCUGCAAAAAUGUAACUUUUUUAUGAAGAAAAAAACAAACAUUUUUUUAACCCUUCAUUGGCCAUAGAUUUUUUCUUUCAUAAGUUUAGCAAGUAUUUGAUGACAAACCAAAGUUUUGGAUAAAUUAUGUUGACUUAAUGCUGAUGAUAGAUGAAAAAUCUGAGUAUUACAACUUUUCUCCGGUUUCUUGGAUAUAGGAAGUCAAGAAGUACAGGGGAUGGGUCUUUUGUUUUUUCUGUGAAUCAGGAAAAAUCCAGUCUGUAAGAAUCAAUUGAAAUUCUGUUGUGAGAAUUAAAUGUCAUUAACCUAAAUUCCUAAAUGACAAAUCUCCCCAUUCUGUCUCUUGUUGUUGAAUCUUAUUGACUAUCAUUGUGGAGGGAAUGACCGGAGGGGUGUGAAAUAAAUUACAUCCAUUUGGCUUCUCCCCAGAGGUGGAGUGAUAAAGAAAACAGGAUGAAAAACAAAACAUUAGGCUGUUAUGUUUUCCACUGAAUCUCUUGGUCCAGCAAGUUAAUGUUACAUAGAUUUUUGGGAUAAUAUAAAAGAUAAUGAUGUUUGGGUUGUUAUAUUCAAGAUCAUGCAGUUUUUAGCAAUGGGAUUACUUAACUUUAAAACGUUAACUGAUAAAGAAAAUAAUAGUAACACAUAUGUUCUCAUGAUGAAUUGUUUGCCAGGGUGAACAGGCCUUUUUAAAUCAUUCAUGGAAAGAUACAGACCAUGUCAAGAGUAAGACUACAACAUCAUUUACCCAUGUUAAUGUAUAUUUCUUCUGAUUUCUUUUGAUGUCAGCAGCUUGGUCUAUUUGAAGUCCCUUUUGAAUGCAAGUGUGAAGUGUUUUCACCAACUGAGAAAGAAAGAAAUCAUUUUACA